ACAAUUAGGGCCUGUCCGUUAUACGAACCUUCUUCAUGUUGUCAUGUUGAUUUUAAUGUUAAAGUGACCCCUCAAACGCUCUUUAACACAAACUUUCUUCAUGUCGCCAUGCUUUCCUAGAUUGGAUUGAUUGCUGUCAUUCUCAGUUUCUCACGUCUUUCUGCCUUCCUUCAUUCUUACUAUCGCACACACCAAAUCAACAAUUGUGUCCAAUAAAUCCGAAAUUGAGAAACGUCGCUGAAAUUCCCGCCAAAUUAGGAGUCGGCGUCCAGGUCGACGUUUGCAAUUGAGGCUGAACAUGGAAAAAUCCGAUCCAAUAGUCGAUUCCCUUAUCGAUCGGACCUAUUACGUUCUCGAUUUGGCGCGCCUUUACUGUCGAUCCGAUUCGCAUACCGACUGCGUUUUGGUACGACUCCGUACCGCUUUUGGGUACAGCGCGUUCAGAACGUAGAUCGUGGGCAUUGAGCGAUUUAGGUAACUAUGGAAGACAAGGAGAAGGAUAAUUCGAUAAAUGAUACAACACUAAAUUCCAUUACCAAAGAGGGGGAGGGGGAGAUAUUGGAUUGCAUUAAAGACACCGAAGAGGAGGAGGAUCGGGAAUACUCUUCUGAAACGGUCAAAGUCGACCAUCAACCUACUGAAAAAUUGGAAACGGAGGCCCAUCAUAUUCAGGAAGAAUCUUCAAAGGAUGUUAGCCAUGUCACUUCUGCAGAGGAUGGUGAAAAGAUAGGUGAUGACUUGAAUAAUCAUGAGGAUAUCAGUAAAAGUUCAUUAUCUGAAAAAACAGAGGACAAUCAAACCGACCCUAAAGAUAACACUUGCAGUAAUAAGGAAGAAGGGCUUGUAGUUGAUGGAACUUGGGAACCUAUAAUGGAAGCCAAUCCCGGAAAGGCUUCAGUUCUCACAAAGUUUGUAAAGUUGAAGAGCUUAUAUGCAGUCUCUAAUGUAUUCCACCGUCUUUCCAGAAAAACUGAUGUGCAGAAUGAUUCUGAUGAAAAUAACAAAAACAUAAAGGAGGUAAAGACAGAUGAAAGAGAAAGCCAAGAGACAACACUGGAGAAGGAUCAGGAUGAGGGAAAGAACAAAAAGGAGGCGAGUCUGAGUCUUGAGUCACCAAAAUCAAUAGCAAUGAAAGGAAGGGUUGUACUAUAUACAAGGUUAUGGUGCGCAGAUUGCAAAGAGGCAAGGCUAUUUCUACGUAAGAGAAGGCUCAGGUAUUUGGAAAUAAAUGUAGAUGUGUACCCAGGUAGAAAAUUGGAGCUAGAAAAGAUGACUGGCUCCUCAGAUGUGCCUAGAGUGUUUUUCAAUCAGUUCCCAAUUGGAGGGUUGAAUGAGUUAAAAGGUUUGGAUGAGUCUGGUAAGCUACAGGAGAAAAUAGAGUAUGUAACUUCCCAAGGGCCAUCGCCAAAAGGUCCUCUACCACCAUUUUCAGGGGAAGAUGACGUGUCAAGUAGGGGUAUUGUAGAUGAAUUAGCAGUUAUAGUCCGGAAGAUGAAGGAAUCAAUUGUUGUUAAGGAUCGUUUUUAUAAAUUUCGGAGGGUGACCAAUUGUUUUCUGGGUUCAGAAGCUGUAGAUUUCUUGUCAGAAGAUCAACUCUUGGAACGAGAAGAGGCUAUUGAAUUCGCCCGGAAGCUUGCUAAGGAGCUUUUCUUCCGGCAUGUUCUUGAAGAAAAUACUUUUGAAGAUGGCAAUCACCUUUACCGAUUUUUGGAUCAAGAUCCUGUAAUAAGUCAGUGUCAAAACAUCCCAAGGGGUAUCAUUCAGUCUAAGAGACAACCUCUUGUAGAAGUUUCACAUAGGUUGAGAUUUUUACUAUAUGCCAUCCUUGAAGCCUAUAUAUCAGAAGAUGGAAGGCAUGUUGCUUAUAGAACUAUCCAUGGGAGUGAGGAGUUUGCAAGGUUCUUAAGGAUUGCAGAAGAACUUCAAAGAGUUGAGCUAAGUAGAACAGCGAAGGAGGAAAGACUUGCUUUCUUUAUCAAUCUAUACAAUUUGAUGGCAAUUCAUGCAAUACUUGUGUGGGGUCAUCCUGAAGGAGCAUUGGAUAGAAGGAAAUUGUUUAAUGAGUUCAAAUAUGUUAUUGGUGGGUGUGCAUAUUCCCUUUCAGACAUCUAUAAUGGCAUAUUAAGAGGCAACCAAAGACCACCAUAUACUCUCAUAAAGCCCUUUGGUAUCUAUGAUAGACGCUUUAAGGUGUCUCUUCCCUAUGCUGAGCCUCUUAUACACUUUGCACUAGUUUCUGGAAAUCGAUCUGCCCCUGCUCUUCGAUGCUAUUCUCCUAAAAACAUUGAUGUGGAAUUGGUGGAGGCUGCUCAUGACUUCUUACAAAGUGGGGCAUUUGUACUUCAUGUGGACUCCAUGACAAUAUCAGUUACUAAAAUACUCAAAUGGUACAGUGUGGAUUUUGGGAAGAAUGCAGUGGAGGUACUGAAACACGCUGCAAAUUACUUGGAAGUGGAAAAGACACGAACCCUUUUGGAAUUGCUUAAUAAGAGUCAGUUAAAAGUGGUAUAUCAGCCUUAUGAUUGGAGAUUAAACAGCUAACAUUACCUACUCAAUGUAAAACACUUCAGGUUAAAUACUACAUCCACCCAUCCUUUUUACUUAAAAAAAAAUUCACUGCAUAAACAACUCUCGUGACACCCCUCCUUUUCUUGAUGAGUGGGCCACGUCAUGAGGGCUCUGUUGUAAGUUGUUGUUAAAUUGUUUUGGGGUACGUUUGUUACACAUGGUAUAUAACAGAACAGAACAGAACAGGUUGUGGUUGUACUGUAUUUGACAUGCAUUGGACUCAGACAGAUGUGAAUAGGACAAAAGUUGCAAUUUUUUGUCCCAUCUCUUGUCACUUUUAAUGAUUACUACAUUAUAUUUUGAAAAAAUCUACCCUGUCCUAGAAUUGCCAUCUAAAUACCAAGCAAUUUUCAUUGCUAUGAUUGUGUAGAUUUGUAAAAAAAAAAAAAAAAAAAAAAAAAGUAAUUGGGUAGAUUUUUCAAAGUACAAUGCCUUAAUUAGAAAGUAAAAUGAAAAUACAAUAUUGUUAUAGAAAAUGAAAGUAGGGUGCUAUAAUAAACAGAUAAAUGAAGGUGCAUUGCUAUUUCUUACAUUUAGCCCUUUAUCAUGUAUUCUUAUAUCAAUAUAGUUUUUGGGUACAAUCCUUUUGUUCAUUGUAGAAUCAGAAUCGUGAAAUCCAGAGAAAUAUAUGUUUAUAAUAAUUUGUAUCUCAAAAAGUUAACUCUGGAAGCUCACUUAUAAUAGAUUCUUUCUUUUUGUUACUAGCAAUGUGUGCGUGUUAUUCCAAAAGGUUGCAAUCAUUGUCUUGACAAUUGUAAAAGGAUAGCUUUAUUUACUUUCUUCAUAUUAUUAAACACUUGUAUCAAGUAAAUGUUUUAAGAUUUAGUAAUUGCACAUGCUCUCCUCGAGAAUGGUUAAUUGUUUAGUUUAAAGUAUUGAUUUCCUGGUUA